AUAUUGACGUAUCUUUUUCCUGUUAAAAUAUUACUCAGUUACAUGCCAAAACAAUGUCUAUUAGAAAAAUAUAAUUUAAUGGAAUUUCGAGAACUUGUUGAAGCUGUUAAACGUGUAUUCAGAUGACUCCUUGCGCAAUAAAAUCAAAUCAUAAGAUAACAACGUAAUCAGAUAAAAAAAAUAAAUAAAUAAACCACGCAUUAUAAAGUUAGAUAUAGUUUUAAUGUUAACACACGUUAUUUCAAUAACCAACUUUGAGAAACCUUGAUAACUCAUUUAAUAAACAUCUACUUUUAGGAUUAUAUUCAAAGUAGAAAAAAAAAAAAAUGAUAUUCAUAAUUUCAAUAUAAAAUUGUGUAAUUUUAUUUUUUAAAUGUUGCUUUUAGUAAUAAAUCUUUAUCAAUGUCAACUAAAGCAAAUAUUAGUUGUUCCAUCUUAAAAAAAAUAAAAUGAUAUACGCUUUUUCGGUCUUUGUACUCAAAAAAAAUAUAUAAAUACUCCAACAGUUUCAUGAAAAAAAUACAUUUGUCUUUUAUUUUUUCUCGUUAUCGUCUUUUAUAAAAGAAUAUUUAAAUUAAAAUUAUAUUUUACAUAUUUAAAUUGAGUGCAUGUAUAAGAAUAAAUUUUUUGAAUGAUAGAAAUUUUGUAAAUUGUUUAAAAUGCGUGGAAAAUAUUUUAUUUGUGUAAUAAUAUUACUAUCAAUGAUGAAAAUAGUAAUUUCAUCAUCAAUAGCUAAUGAAGCAAUAAAUGUGAUAAACAUUAUUUCCAAUACAUCAGCAAAUGCAAUUGCCAACAAAAAUGAUACAUUGAUUAACAAAAAAAUAUACUCAAUAUGGACAACAAUUAAUCAAUUUGAAUUAAAACUUUAUAAAUUAAAUAAAUCAAUUGAUUAUAUUAUACCAGUAGAUCAAUACGUAGAUAUGAUAAACAAAAAUAAAAUUGAAAAUUUUUUUCAUAGAAUUUUUUUUUUGCUUGAAAAAACAGAACAAUGGUCUAGAUUAUUGAUAAGAAAUAAGCCAUUAAAUCUUAAGGAACAAACUCUUAAAAUGAUAUCAGAUGAUGCAGAUUUUCCAAAAUCAUUAAUCGUACAAAUUUAUAAAAUAAUUUUUGAGAGAAUUCGUAUAUUCACUUUCUCACAAAAUAAUUAUGAAUUUAUCAAGAAAGAUACGGUAUUCAAGUGUGACACAAGUAUUACACAACAACAUGAAUUAUAUUCAUUUUAUAAUGAUAUUAUUUCAUUGGAAAUACAAGUCUGUGGAAUAUUAGCAUUUUCAUACACAUGGAGAUCUAUAAAUGUUCCAUUUAAUUAUACAGAUGAAAUGAUAGUUGAAAUGGAUGAAUCAAAAAAUCGAAUUAAAGAAUAUACAAAUCUAUUUAAAAAUAAAAUGAAAAAAGCUACAAAUAUUAUUCGUCCUUGUGAUCCAUCGGAAAAACGAGUAAAAGGUAAAACAUAUGAAGCAUUUGACAAUAUCAUCUGGAUUUUUAUAGCAAAUCAGAGAAAUUUCGAACCAAGAAACAAUGUACAAUGUCAAUCCAGCUGUGAAAAUAUGUCAAGAAAAAAACGUUUUUGUGAAAUACAAAAUGAUGAUUGUUCAGUUGAUAAUCAUGAUUAUGAUGAUACUUGUCCUGGUUGGUCAUUUGCUUGUACUGAUGCUUUGUCUACUCAAGUUGAAGCUUGUCGAAGAGAUCCAGAUGAUAAAUCAAGUGCAAAACCUUAUCAUUGGUUUAAAAAUCUAGACAAUGGCAAUAGCUAUGGUAACACAUCUCGUAAAUGUGGUUCAACAGAAAUAAUCAAAGCAGAGAGAGUUAAUUGGUUUAAUCCUUGGUCAAAUAUUUGUAAAAAUUGUUUAUGUAGUUGUGUAGAUAAUCGUAUUCACACUAAAACAAAUACAAUUCGUGCUUUCAGUUUGCUAUGGUCUGAAACAAGCAAUAACAUGGUAGCAACUGGUGUACGACUUGUUGCACGUGAUCGAAUGAUUCACAUUCAGCUUCGAGAGGGAAAACUUUUGCCUUAUGGAAUAAUUGAUAAAAAUACUGAGAGAUGGAUACCACUUCCAAAAUUUGAGUAUGAUGAUAAUUUUCCUGCCACUGCAAUUUACUCAAAUGGAACCCGACAUUCGUUGGAACGAACAAUAGAUUUUGCUCCAAUACAAUCAUUUUACAUGGAUAAAAUAUGUUUACAAAAAUUGAUUUUUAAUGAAGGACAGUUGUUGACUGGUGCUAGAUUUAAUCUUGAUCAUUUGAAAGAUCGCACACCAAUCAGUUGUAUUGCACUUGAUGUUAAAUAUGCUAGUUUUCAAUAUCAAUAUGGAAACAUUACUGCAAGCACAAAUUAUAAAAAACAAUUACCAAAACCAACUAAAUUUGUUUCCAGGGAUCAUCAAGAUGCAAUUAUUUUAGAAGAAAAUUUUCAAGAUUCUGAAGAAAAUCAAUUUGUUGAGUUUGCUACAUCAGACUGGCGCACUGAUGCAUCACAAACAACUAUUCCAUUUUUUGAUCUUCAAGAUGUUGCUACUGAUCCAGGUGUACCACUUUCUGGUAUUGAAUUAUUUUAUAAAGAACCACUGAAUAAAACACCUGAAGGAUAUGUUUCAUUUAAAAUUUAUCCAUUGAAUUUUACUACUUAUAUGGAUCUAUAAUUAUUAAAAAAAUAUACACAACUGUUAAAAA